CAGAGGGGAAAAGCUUUGCAAAUAGCAGUCGGAGAAACGGAGAGUUGUGGGUUUGUUUGCGAAGGCUCACACUUAUUCUCUCUUUUAUUUUGUGGAUUUUUUUUUCAUUCCUGUAACCAAGGUGGAAUUACUGGACAGACACUCUCGCUCAUGAGUCACAGAUGAAGGGUAGAGUUUGAGCCAUCUCUGCUGCGUUAUUCAUCGAGACGUGCACAGAAAAUUAAGCGAUGGAGCAUCAGAGAGCAAGUUUCCAGAGUUUAAGCGUACUCUGAUUUAAAAUAUGAUGAGUUUUUGUUGUCUUUAAAAAAAUCUCUAUCUGCUGGAGGAAUUCCGGCCUGUCAGCUAUUUUGGUUCCUGUCUUGCUUUCACUAUUUUGUGAAAGGAGACGUAAAAAGGAAGGAAGGGGAGAGCGAGCGCGAGAGGAGGGAGAGAGACGUAUACAGUCGAAGCGUCUCAGCGAGUGUCAGUUGUUUUCAGAGGCAGCUGCGAAGAGUAGGAGUGACCAAUCACUCUCCAUCUAUUUGGUGCCAGAACAAGUGAAGAGACAACAUGGUUCGGUGGUUCCACAGAGACAUCACAGGCCUGCAGGCUGAGGAAGUGCUGAAGACUCGAGGCAUUCAUGGCAGCUUUUUGGCUCGGCCCAGCAAGAAAAACGUUGGAGAUUUCUCCCUGUCUGUCAGGGUGGGUGACAUGGUGACCCACAUCCGGAUCCAAAACACAGGAGACUACUACGACCUGUAUGGCGGGGAGAAGUUUGCCACCCUGUCAGAGCUGGUGGACUACUACACAUCGGAGAACGGCAUCCUGCAGGACAAGGACGGCACCACCAUCGAACUCAAAUACCCCCUCAACUGCUCCGACCCCACCACAGAGAGGUGGUACCACGGUCACCUGUCUGGGCCGAAUGCAGAGAAGCUGCUUGUGGCUCGAGAUGAGCCGGAGACCUUCCUCGUCAGAGAGUCGCUGUCCAAACCUGGAGACUUUGUUUUGUCGGUUCUGACGAACGAGAAAGGCAAAACUGGAGGAAGGAGGGUCUCUCACAUCAAGAUCAUGUGUCAGAAUGACAAGUAUACAGUGGGAGGUUCAGAGAUGUUUGACACGCUGACAGACUUGGUGGACUACUACAGACGCAAAGGCAUCGAGGAGAUCUCUGGGAACUGGGUGUAUUUAAAACAGCCGUAUUACUCCACCAGAGUGAAUGCAGCAGAUAUCGACAGCAGAGUGAAACAGCUGGACCAGACCGCACAGCAGCAGCAGGAGGGCGAGGGAGAGAAGACCAAGGCUGGCUUCUGGGAGGAGUUUGACGCUCUUCAAAAGUUGGAGGCAAAGGUGAAAAAGAGCAGAGAGGAGGGCCAGAGGCCUGAAAAUAAGAGCAAAAACAGAUACAAGAAUAUUCUUCCCUUCAAUGACACCAGGGUCAUCCUGCAGGACACUGAUCCUGAUGUUGUGGGUUCAGAUUACAUCAACGCCAACUACGUGAGAAACACCCUCUGGGAGUCUGCAGAUCAGAAAGUUUACAUUGCCACCCAGGGGUGCCUAGCAACAACUAUCAACGAUUUCUGGCAGAUGGUAUGGCAGGAGAACACGAGGGUGAUCGUAAUGACAACAAGAGAGGUUGAGAAAGGGCGGAAUAAAUGUGUGCCAUACUGGCCAGACUCUCAGUCAUCCAAAGAGGUGGGCCCAUACGUGGUGACCAAUGAGUCCGAGAGGGAAGCUGCUGAUUACAAAAUCCGAGUUUUGGAGAUCGCUCCUGUGGACAAGCCAAAACUUUCUCGUACCAUCUGGCACUACCAGUACUUGAGCUGGCCUGACCAUGGUGUUCCUCAGGAGCCAGGUGGUGUCCUCAGCUUCCUCACCCAAGUGAACUCUAAACAGGCUGAAUAUCCUGAUGCUGGACCCAUGAUCAUCCACUGCAGUGCUGGAAUUGGUCGAACAGGCACAAUUGUGGUGAUUGACAUGAUCCUCGAGACCAUUGACACUAUUGGUCUGGACUGUGAUAUUGACAUCCCAAAAUACAUCCAGAUGGUGCGAGAGCAGCGCUCCGGCAUGGUCCAGACAGAGGCCCAGUACAAGUUCAUCUACCUGUCUGUGUCUGAGUACAUUCAGACCACCAAGGCCAAAGACUGUGCCUACAUGGAAACAGAGACAGAGUAUGGAAAUCUGCAACUCAAACACCAACCAGCAAGCAGGAAGGUCUCAAAAAACAAGGAGGACGUUUACGAGAAUCUGUCAAAAGGAAAGAAAGACGCGAAGAAGCAAAAGUCAGACAAGAAAAGUGGCUCAGUGAGGAAAAAAUAGAAGAGACUGAGUUUUAUCAAAGUACGUCAUAUUGUUAUAUUUAUGCAGGCAUUCUUUUGUUAAAUGAUUUGUAUUUUAGUGGCGACCUUAUGCAAAAUGAAAAUAAAAUGAGAGACAAGAUAACUCGCUGACAUCUGAUAUGUCACGUGAAUGCUUGUUUGAUGCGUUUGUUGAAAAUAAAGCCAGAACAUGUGUGAA